GUUCCGGCUACCGACCACCCUUUGCUAUCGACUUCAGUCAACGUCUGGUCGCUAUAGACUUAGCCAUAUAGGCAUCUGUCAUAAAAUCAGUAGUCAUUCCUUUCUCAAUCAUUAACGAUCUUCUCCCUGAAACAAUAUCUGGUUUGGACCAUUCCCCACAGAGGCACUACAAUAAAGAAGGUUUGUCUUACCUGCACCGACCACAAGUGGAUCAAGCGUCGGUAUUUAUUUCAGGCUCGUCUACGACAGCACUCUCAAACUCACCCACUCUGUCUUACCGUGACGCUCUUUCCUCCUUUGAUGGUCAGGAAGAUGGAUCUGCAGUGGAUAGCCCCGUCUCGUCAUCUUCAUCCCGGGAACACUCUCUAGAUGUCUCAGCAGAUAGCAUGGAUGUAGAGUUUGCGAACCCAUCCAUGGAGUCCGUCGUACUUUCAGAGGAGUCCGUUCCCCGACGCACUUUAAGGAAGCGUGCCACGACGAGCAAGGGGUCAUCAUUACGUUUCAAACCCGCUUCAGUUUCUGCUAUCACAGCACGUCAUGGGACUUCUUCCGAAGACAAUCUCAAGAAGAAGGCAUAUAAACAAGCAUUUUUGCAAUCCGCCGCCCGUGCUCAGAGCGAGAGAGAAACCAGAGUGCGAGAGCUGAAGAAACGCGCGCUGGCAAUCCCAUCUACAGGAAAGACUCCCGCAACAUCACGCCAACGCCUCGUAAUGCAGAUGGUUUAUGAUGAGAUCACCCCGUACCCUGAUGAAGCUUGGGUAUCUCAACUGGGAGUCAUCAUAAGCAGGGAAUAUCACCAAGUUAAGAAUUGGUUCUCCAACCAACGGCAGAAAGAUGCUAGGGACUCACGGCAGCACACACCUCAGCCUGCUGCUCCUGCCAGUCUCGAAGCAUCUUUAUGCAAGAUCACAUGCGACGGACGCGAUUUGCGCCUGCGCACUGCCGCACUCCAUUCAUGCAAGGCAGAAGAUUGGUCCGACACCUUCUUUGAUGAGGUGGUCAUGAUUUACAAUUUCCGUCUUCUUGCAAAGCAUAGUCAGGAAGAGGCAAGGGCAGCUUUCGGUGAAUCUGAGCCUGACGUGGCUUUACCCUCAUAGCCAACCUCUGUCUAUCAUCUUUCAUCUCAUAUCAUCCCGCAUCCUCACUGUAUGUAGCUGUAGUACCCUCAAACGCUUUCUGUACAUUCUAAUCGUGGGUAUACGUACCUGUUAUAAUAUGGUCACCGUUAAUGAUAAUCAAUAACCAAUCAUGCAC